AUCCCCCGCAAAACUGAGGUAUCAAAAUGUUAUCAGUUGCCUCGGCUCAGCUGAGUAUCAUAUAUGCCCUUUACAGACCGUGCUGCAUUGAGGAAGUACCACCACCACUUACUGCUUUGAACUCGAUGAAGACAGGAUAACUGACCUAGCUGACGGGCAUCUACCUGCUUCGUUACUCCAAGUAGAAGCUACCUCAAAGGACAAUCCUGCGUAUAGGAUGUCACAAGAAACACACUACACAGCUAUACCUCAAUCAAGAACUCAACCCACACACGUAGAGUGAACCCCAGUCGAGCUUCGUGCCACUCUCUCAUCAACUCCUUCUCCAGUCAACAAGAGUACCCAAUCAACCACCAUGACAGUCGACAAAAUCAAACCAUACAAUGACCCGCGCAUCUCCUACCGGUCUGCACACCUCAACGGCCACACCUACGGGUACAUCUUCAGCCCUGCCUCCCCCUCAACUCCCAAGCGCGGCACCAUCUUCCUCAUCCACGGCUUCCCCGACAUAUCAAUGGGCUGGCGUUACCAAAUCCCCUUCCUGACAUCCCUAGGCCUCGACGUCUUAGCCCUCGACUGUAUGGGCUACGGCCGGACCGAUUCCCCCCUCCACACAAUCUCCGCAUACACCUACAAACGUAUAUCCGACGACAUCGCGACACUCGCCGCCCAACUAUCCCUCUCCAGCAUUAUCCUCGGCGGCCACGACUGGGGCGGCGCCAUCGUCUACCGCGUAGCCCAAUACUACCCGUCCCUAAUAACCGCCCUCUUCAGCAUCUGCACGCCCUUCCAACGCCCAUCGCCCAAUUACACACCCCUAGGCAUCCUCGUCCAGUCUAAACUCCCCAACUUCGCAUACCAACAGCACUUUGCAUCAGGCGCGAUCGAAGCCGCCGUCCAAUCAAAGUCCGAAAUCCGUCAAUUCCUGCAUAACCUCUACGGCGCACGCACACCUCAAGGACAAGUAGGCUUCACCGCCGAAAAGGGCGUCGACCUCGCUGCCCAACCGCGCGUCGGCAAGAACAGAUUGCUCACAGACGAGGAGAUGGAGUACUACGUCGACGAGUACGCGAGGCACGGCAUCAACGGCCCGCUGAACUGGUACCGCAACCGUGAAGAGAACUUUAUGAACGAGUGGCGCGAUUUCUUCGACAAUGGCAAGAAAUCUCCCCAACAGGCCACACGAGACAACACCAUUCACCAGCCCGUCUUGUUCGUCCUGGCCACCAAGGACCAGGCGCUGAAACCGUUCAUGGCCGCGAAAAUGGGCGAACGCAUCCCCAAUUUGACCAGAAAAGAGGUCGAUGCUGGUCAUUGGGCCCUAUGGCAGAAGCCAGAGGAGUGUAAUCGGCAUAUCGGCGAGUGGUUGCACGAGAAAGUGUUUGGCAGACUGGGUGAUGGAAGCAAACUAUGAUUAUUCCAGCCGAUCUUGUGACAGGAUGAAUACCACAUAUCCAUAUCUCCGGAUGAAAGAUAUGUCCGACGAUACAUCUAAUACUUUUAAUGUCUAUACCAAUAACAGUACUAUUACCUUGCAGCA